AUCCGUAACGUCACAUUCAUCAGGGGGAACCAUAGUCACUGUCGUAUGUUUAGCCGACGUAGUUCCCAGGUGCACUCCGCUAAGCGCUUGGGUUUCCGGCCAGCUCAGCGCGUCAGUGUACUGUAGUGUUGUCAAUCUGCCGACUGUCAGAUCAUCGGAGGUGUUUCUACCUGUAACUGUAUCGGUGUAUAUUCUCUAAAAUGGUGCUGCUGACCAUGAUCGCCCGGCUGGCGGACGGCCUGCCGCUGGCCGCUUCCAUGCAGGAAGACGAGCAGCUGGGCCGAGACCUCCAGCAGUACCAGAGUCAGGCCAAACAGCUCUUCCGGAAACUCAACGAGCAGAGUCCUUCACGCUGUACUUUAGAGGCUGGCUCCAUGUGCUUCCAUUACGUUAUAGAGAAAGGAGUGGUCUACUUGGUGCUGUGUGAAGCUGGAUUUCCCAAGAAGCUGGCCUUUGCGUAUUUAGAAGAUCUUCAGACAGAGUUUAAUGAGCAGCAUGGAAAGAAAGUUCAGACAGUGUCCAGGCCGUACUCCUUCAUUGAGUUUGACACGUACAUCCAGAAGACCAAGAAGUCGUACAUCGACAGCCGAGCCAGGAGGAACCUGGGCAACAUCAACACCGAGCUGCAGGACGUCCAGAGGAUCAUGGUGGCCAACAUCGAGGAGGUUCUCCAGCGAGGAGAGGCCCUGUCUGCGCUUGACUCCAAGGCAAGCAACCUGUCCAGCCUGUCGAAGAAGUACCGCAGCGACGCCAAGUACCUGAACACGCGCUCCACCUACGCCAAGCUGGCGGCCGGCGGCGUCUUCUUCAUCAUGCUCAUCGUCUACGUGCGCUUCUGGUGGCUCUAGGGCCCCCUGGCGUUCAGAUGCAUGAGAGAGGAAACGUGGGAUGGAAAGAUUCAGUCGACAGCGGGGGGAGGGGGUGGCUCUCUCCCCCCGCUGUUAAAUAUAAGCUCCCCCCCCCCCAUCCCCAUCCCCGCCUUUAAAAAGACUUUGAGACCCUCCCACCCACAAUGAUAAUGAUAAGUUCUGAAGUUAAACUCAAUAACCCAGAAAUCCUCUGUAGUUUGACAUAUGAAGUGUAUGUGUGUGUGUGUGUGUGUGUGUGUGUGUGUGUGCGUGUGCGCGUGUGUGUGUAUGUUUGCAUGCGUGCGUGUGUGUCGGAUCAGUUGGGUAAGAAUAGGCCAGUCAUUGCGUUAAAGACAACACAUUUCUUUCGGGGUCGGUGUAUUUCCGGAGUUUUGUGAGAACAGCUCUAUUCUUCAAAUUGAAUCGUGUACAGCUGGAAUAUAGAAAGGGAUCAAGGAUGAGGAUGGUGUUCUGAUCCUGCUGAGAUCAACUGGUUUCUUGUAAUACUGAUAUUAAGGUUUAUUUGUAAUUGCUAGGUAGGACUGGGAAAAAGAUAAAUACCAAUAACAAAACUUUUAGAAGACAAAACGUAUUCUUACUCUCGCACACUAGCUAAGAAUAGCGUCUGCACUAAAUGCUCUUAGGUCUAAUUCACAGUUUACGCAUGAGAAAACCACGAUAUUAUUGGGCAAAAUCAAGUUUCAGCAUUUGUUAAGAAGCUGGUUUCUGCUGUUGGUAGGAUAGAGCGACUUUUGUCUUAUUUCCGUUUUCCUUGGCUUUCUCCAAAAUAAAUCAAUUUGCACAGAAGUGUUUCCUUCUUUUGUUGUC